AUGAGUUCUCCAAUACCCGAUACACCGGACAGAGAUGGUGCCCAAUCUCGUAUGACAUCACCAGCUCGAGAGUAUGAAAUGUUUGAAGAUGAAGGUGCCAUUCUGGGUGACAAUGCCGAUGAAGAAGAGGAGGAUGGAGAGGAACUUUUUAAUGAUAACAUGGAAGCUGAUUAUCGUCCUAUGCCAGCAUUGGAUAGGUAUGAUACUGAAAAUCUGGAUGAUGAUGAUUAUGAUGCUAUGUCCAUUGAAGAUCGUGUGGCAGCAGAAAGAGAACUUCAGAGGAGAGACAGAGAUGAGGGAAGGAUGAGAAGAGAUGAUCGUGAUUUAUUAUAUGAUGAAUCUGAUGAAGAAAGUGGAGAUGCUCCCCGUGCUAAGCGUCGCAGGGCUGCAGAAAAGGCAGCAGCGGGAACAGAUGAGCGAGUUGAAGAAGGAAUUGAAAGUAUUGAGAAUUUGGAGGACACUAAGGGCUACUCUACUAAAGAAUGGGUAUCCAUGUUGGGCCCUAGAACUGAAAUUGCUAAUAGGUUUAAAAACUUCCUGCGGACCUUCACAAAUAGCAAAGGCCAGUUUGUAUACAAAGAGCGUAUACGACGAAUGUGUGAACUCAAUCAAGCAUCAUUCCACGUAGAAUUUGAUGUAUUAGCUCGCAGAGAGCAAGUUCUGGCCUACUUCUUACCUGAAGCACCUUUCCAAAUGCUACAAAUAUUUGAUGAAGUGGCUAAAGAGAUUGUACUGCAAAUAUUUCCUAGUUACGAGCGUGUAACAUCUGAGAUACAUGUACGCAUAGCUGAUUUGCCAUUGAUAGAAGAACUGAGAACAUUCCGGAAGCUUCAUUUGAACCAGUUAGUGAGGACUGUGGGAGUAAUAACAGCGACUACAGGUGUGUUGCCGCAAUUGUCGGUUGUGAAGUACGAUUGUAAUAGAUGCGGCUAUAUUUUGGGUCCAUUUGUUCAGUCCCAAAAUUCUGAAGUUAAACCUGGUUCUUGUCCUGAGUGUCAAAGUGCUGGACCUUUUAUGGUGAAUAUGGAACAGACAGUGUAUAGAAACUACCAGAAGGUUACAAUACAAGAAUCUCCAGGUCGCAUUCCAGCUGGUCGUAUACCGAGGAGUAAAGACUGCAUACUACUUGCCGACUUAUGUGAUAGAUGCAAGCCCGGAGAUGAAGUGGAUCUCACAGGCAUAUAUACUAAUAAUUAUGAUGGCUCCCUCAACACUGAACAGGGAUUCCCAGUAUUCGCAACAGUCAUCAUCGCAAACUAUAUAGUAGUGAAAGAUUGUAAGCACAUUGUAGAAUCCCUAACAGAUGAUGAUGUGGCUAACAUUGUUAAACUGUCGAAGGACCCGCAAAUUGGAGAGAGGAUUAUUAAAAGUAUUGCCCCCUCUAUAUAUGGGUAUGAAUAUAUCAAACGCGGCUUAGCUCUAGCUUUGUUUGGCGGAGAACCUAAAAAUCCAGGUGAAAAGCACAAACUAAGAGGUGACAUUAAUGUUCUAAUAUGUGGAGAUCCCGGUACGGCUAAAUCACAAUUUUUGAAGUACACAGAAAAGAUCGCACCUCGCGCCAUAUUCACGACGGGGCAAGGCGCCAGCGCCGUUGGUCUCACUGCGUAUGUGAGGAAGGAUCCUACUACAAGAGAUUGGACGUUAGAAGCGGGUGCAUUAGUGCUAGCAGAUAGAGGCGUGUGUCUCAUAGACGAGUUCGACAAAAUGAACGACGCAGAUCGUACUUCCAUACACGAAGCCAUGGAACAGCAGAGUAUAUCUAUAUCUAAAGCGGGUAUUGUCACGUCGUUGCAUGCGAGAUGCUCGAUAAUAGCAGCGGCUAACCCGAUAGGCGGCAGAUACGACGCGUCGCUGACGUUCUCGGAGAACGUGAACUUGUCGGAGCCGAUCCUGUCGCGCUUCGACGUGCUGUGCGUGGUGCGGGACGAGGCCGACCCCAUGCAGGACGCUCAUUUAGCCAAGUUUGUAGUAAGCUCUCACAUCAGACAUCACCCAACACAGCGCGGCACUGCACUGGAAGACAGCACUCCGGACAAUGACUUCAUUUUGCCACAAGAUCUCUUAAAGAAGUAUAUUGUGUAUGCCAGAGAAAAUGUUCAUCCUAAGUUACAGAACAUGGAUCAAGAUAAAGUGGCGAAAAUGUAUAGUCAAUUGCGUCAAGAAUCUCUAGCUACUGGCAGCUUGCCCAUCACUGUGAGGCACAUUGAAUCUGUGAUCCGUAUGAGUGAAGCGCAUGCACGUAUACAUUUACGAGCGCAGGUGAACGAGGAAGAUGUUAAUUUGGCAAUACGAACCAUGUUAGAGAGCUUCGUUGACACACAGAAAUACAGUGUGAUGCGAGCUAUGCGACAGACCUUCCAGAAGUACCUGUCCUACAAGAAAGACCACAGCGAGCUCCUAUACUACAUUUUACGACAACUUACAAUGGACCAGCUUGCCUACAUGCGGGGACUUCACAACCAUUCCCAGUCAACCAUUGAAAUAUCUGAACGAGACUUAAUAGAAAGGGCCAGACAAAUCAACAUUAGUGACCUAAAACCAUUCUAUGAGAGUAGGAUAUUCAAAAUGAAUAACUUCAGCUAUGAUCAGAAGCGAAAAGUAAUUAUACAUACGUUGCUUGAUGUGCCCAGCUCUUCG